AUGGUGGCUGGGUACUCCGGCGGGAACGUGAGCCUGGCAACGGCCCUUGUCGCCGGUAGCGUAGGGUUAGGGUACAUGGCGCUUCGGUUGGCUAGCCAGGCCCAGCGGCGGUCAUUGACCGGGGCGAACGGCAGGGGCGGUGGCGGCGGCGGGGGGGAGGGGGGCGACGAGCGUCCGAUGCUGGACAUGGCGGAGAUCGCUCGGAGGGCGGUGCCAAGAAAAAAGUCGUUUCUGUACACCAGAUCGGGGGACAAGGGGACCUCUCAGCUGUACAACAUGGAGACGAGACCGAAGAGCGACCCGUCCUUCGAGGCCCUCGGCAACAUGGACGAGCUCAACGCUAGCCUAGCGCUAGCGGUGGCGCACUCCGAGCUCGCCCGCAACGGCCUCUCAGAGAUGCUGGUGGCCAUCCAGUCUCUCAUCAUCGACGCGUCGGCCUUGGUGGCCACACCUAGGGAUAACUCCUCGGCUCGAAAGAUCAGCCGUACUGGCUUCCCCACCUGGUGCACUGACCAGCUUGAGGCGUGUAUCGACGAGUUGGAUGCGAGAACCCCCCCUCUGAAGACCUUCAUCGUCCCUGGGGGGGGUCUGGCAGCGUCACACUUGCACCUGGCGCGGUGCGUGUGCCGGCGAGCCGAGCGGAGCCUUCAGCCCCUGCUGGGAACGGGCCAGGGUGUCGAAGAAGUAGCCAGGUAUAUCAACCGGCUCAGCGACCUCCUAUUCGCUGCCGCGAGAUACGCCUCCGUGGUCGAUGGAAAACCUGAGCGGCCGUGGAAGAAGCUUCCCGUGAUCAAGGUUAAGGACGACGAGGACGAGGGUGCGCCGCAGAAUCCACCCGAACAAGGACCCUAAUCUCAAUGUUUUUGCCUAAUGUAGUAUUUUAAGUUUCAGGGGGCGGAGAGGGGGGGAUCGAAGCUGUUUUUUCCCGUCCAACGCCAACAGUUCUGCUCCUGUGUUGCCCAGUUGGUUGUG